AUGGAGCUGUCGAUGGAUGAGGACGCUGCCUAUGCCGGCUGCAGCGUUAACAUCGUCAAGCGCAUGAAGCAACACAGGAGAGAGAACAGGAAGAUUGAGCCCAUCAAGAACCUCGUUUAUUCGCACCUCCGAGAGCAGGAAUUGACGUGCAAGGAGAGAAUCCCAGCCUUGCUCGCGUUUCCUCUGGCAAAGCGGAUGCAUCUCGAACUCGUUGAGGGCAUCUUUACUAUAUGGCUAGACACCCUAAACAAGCCAGAGAAGGACUACCGGAUAGUGGCCUUGGCUAACUCUAAGCUCGCGCGGAGCAUCCGCAAGGGGCCUAACCGUGCUGAGGUCAAUAAUCUGGCUUACCCACCGCGUUCUACCUCUUAA